AUGGAGCUAUUAUUCACAAGUAGUUAUUUUAGACAGGUGAUUGUUAACAACUUAAUUUUGGAUGGAUUUACAUUGUAUUAUCAGAUUGAUAUUCAAAAUCUUGAUGCUCAUCGAAAAGGGUCUGCUGCUGCUGCUACUCGUGCCACUGGACAAAAACACCUUAAACCAGAAAAGGCAUACACGAAGCUCGCCUCGUCGGUUAUGCUAAUUUAUUGUACAGCAACCAUAACACAAAGCACAAGAGUAUCUGCAAAAUGGCUUAUAUGUAUGUUAUAUGGGACAAAUCAAAUAACUUGCACAGUGGUUAGUUGUUUAUGUCUGUAUUUGUUACCUGGAAAAUAA